UCUCUCUCUCGCGCGCUCUUUGGGGCUUUGUGUUUUCUUAUUGAUAUUUUGUAUUGCAUGCCUGGCAGUCACGUGUCCCGUCGGCAGACCUUGCCCGGUGGUGCUCUGGUGCUGCUCUUUGCCGGACUGCUGCUGCUCGGAAAUGGCACUGCCGUGCAGGGCCUGCACCGCCACAGCAUCAUGAUGAAGACCUUUCGCUAUCUGCAGGAGACCAUGCUGAGGAACAGCCUCGAGCGGGCACAUCUCAAUCAUGGCAUUGUCUUUGAGUGUCGCACCAUUUCGGACAGUGACUUUGGCAACGAGGUGCACUUCCUGCUGCAGCUGGGCGAUCUUCGGGGAUUUCGACAGCUGGAUGCCAACAAGAAGCUGGCCCUCUUCCUGCAUGGCUGGAACGACAAGGGCAGCAAGGACUGGGUGCAGGAGCUGUUGCUGACGUGGACCCUGUUUGAUGCCAGCUACAACGUGUGCGUAGUGGACUGGGGCAACUUGUCGCAGAACGACUAUAAGACCGCUUCCAUGUCCAUCUUCGAUGUGGGCCUCACGGUGGCAGGCAUCAUCAUGGCCCUGGAGGAGCUGCGUCCCAACCAAUUCCAUCGCAGCAACGUCACCCUGGCCGGCUACAGUCUGGGCGCCCAUGCCGCCGGCUAUGCCGGAGCGGUGCUCGAGGGCCAGGUGGAGCAGAUCAUCGGACUGGAUCCGGCCGGGCCGCUGUUCUCGCUGCCCGCCGAGGUCUCGCCCAAAUACCGCCUGGACCCGAGCGAUGCCCAGUUCGUUCAGGUGCUGCACACCUCCGGCGGUUCGCUGGGCACGAGCCUCAAGUGCGGGCACGCCGACUUCUAUCCAAAUGGUGGCCGAGCACCGCAGACUAACUGCAAGAUGUUCGCGAAUCUCCGCGACAUGCAGAACACAAAUCCCAUUGCCUGCAGCCAUUCAGCAGCCGCCAUCUUCUUCAGGCAGUCGAUGGACCCGCAGUACCCAUUCGUGGGCUACGAGUGCGGCAGCUAUCGGGAGUUUGCCGCCGGAUACUGUGACCAGAAUCGACGGGCCCGCUUCGGCAUCCACUCGCAGCGCAGGGCCCAGGGUAGUUUCUACUUCAAGACAGGCUCCACGCAGCCGUAUGUGCAGCGGCGUCGGGAUGGUUGGCUGAGCGACGUCGGUCGGCAGGUAGACUCCUCCACCGCUGGCCAGUCGGGAAAGGGGAAGGGAAAGGGUGGCCGCCUGAUGCUGCGCCUCUGGUCAGGUGGGUGGCGGCGGGGCGCCAGUCGCAGUCGUGAGCGGAGUCGACAGCGAGAUCUGUGUCGGUGGCCGUAGUAGUUCCUAGUGUUUAAUUUAUUUUUUUUGUUAGUGU